AUGAAAAUUUUAAGCUGGAAUUGUCAUGGUUUUUUAGGAAAGGAAACCAGAGAUCAUCUUAUGCAUUUAAACAAUAUCCACUCUCCAGAUAUCAUCUUCUUGUCUGAAACUAAGAUAAAUGAUAAUAGAAUUUUAAAUCUUACUAAUGGCUUAAUAUUACCCAAUAAAUCUUAUGUUCCCUUUGUGGGUCAGGCAGGUGGUAUUAUUCUUCUAUGGAAAGAUGGUUUCACUCUAGAAAUCCUAAAUUCUUCUAGCAAUAUGUUUCAUGCUCUUGUUAAGAAUGAUCCUAGUAAAGGAGAAUGGUUCCUUUCUUGUCUAUAUGGCACUUCUUAUACAAAUGAACAACCUGCUCAGUGGGACUAUAUUAAAAGAUUGAGUACCUUAGUUAACAUUCCAUGGGUCCUUUUAGGAGAUAUUAAUAUCACUAUGAAUGACUCUGAAAGAAACACAAACACUGAGUUCACUACUCCUGAAGUCUUAGAAAGUUUUAGAGAGUCUGAUCUUCAUGACUUAGGUUUUAGUAGAAAUCCUUUCACCGGGACUAGUAAUAGUCAUGGAACUGGCAGAAUAAAAUCUAGACUAGAUAGGGCUCUAGUUAAUAGUGAAUGGACACUUAGUUAUCCAGAUUCCAAACUAUUGCACUUAACUCAAAAAGGUUCUGAUCAUCUGCCUAUUAUUUUAACCAUGUACAACAAGCCUAGUCAAUCAGGUAAGAACUGGAAAUUCUUUAAACAUUGGUUACAAAAUAAUUCUUGUAGAGAUACUAUUAUGAAUGCUUGGAACUCUAACAAAACAGGUUCUGCAGCUUUCAUCUUCUUUGAUAAACUGUCUAAUACUAGACAUAUCUUAUCUCAGUGGAGUAAAAAUAUUUUUGGAGAAAUUAAUUCAAAAGUUACUAGUCUUCAACAAGAAUUGUCUCAUCUACAAGAAACUGAUGUUCAAGGUUCUAAUAUUGCUGAUGUUUUAAGGUUGGAGAAAGAGAUUGAUGCACUUAACGAAAUUCAAUCUAGGUAUAACAGGCAGAAAUCCAGGGAUCACUUCUAUAAUGACAUGGAUAAAUACUCAAAGUACUUCCAUAUUAGAGAAAAUCAAAUAAGAAUCAGAAACAAAAUUGACUCCUUGCAAGCAGCAGAUGGCUCAUGGUGCCAAGAUAGAAGUUCAAUAGAGAGUCUCUUGGUAUCUCACUUCAAGAACAUUAGCUCAACUUCAAAUCCUUCAGUCAGUUCAGUUUUUCUCCAGCACAUAUCAUCUUGCAUCUCAGAACAAGAUAAUGUUGAAUUAGUAGCCAUUCAUACUAAGCUAGAGAUACAUCAAGCUUUAAUGACUAUAGAACCUUGGACUUCACCUGGACCUGAUGGUUUUCCACCAGGAUUUUAUCAAUCCCAAUGGAAGAUACUUAAAUAA